AUGCGAGCGAGACAGGCGACAUAUACAUAUCUAAUACACCGCCCACUGGGAAGCCUUGGUGGCCCUCGUCCUUGCCUGCAGCGACAUUUUUUAGUGCACACGCGAGCAAGCAUGACGACCAGUACAAUAUCGCUCAAGACAUUCUUGGCUGCAGCCAAGGAUGCUCUGGCUAUGCCACCUGCUCAGCGUUCUCUGCCGCUGACAUUUGUCGUGGGCAAUGAGUCGGCUGACCUCGACUCGCUGUGCUCAGCAGUUGUUCUGGCGUACAUUCGAUCUCAUAUUGCGCCUAGGCGCUUGCACAUCCCCUUGUCAAACCUGCCUCGGGAGGACCUCGCCAUGAGAAUUGAACUUGGCCCGAUUCUUGCCAAGGCCGAUCUCGAUGAUUCCGAUCUCAUCACCCUGUCAGAGCUUCCGCAGGAUUUGGACCCCAAAGACACAGACCGUGUUAUUAGCUGCAUCGAUCACCAUGUUGACGAGGGCGCUGUUUCCGUGCAGGCUGCGCCGCGUGUUAUCGAGACGUGCGGCAGCUGCAUGAGUCUCGUGGUAGACACUUAUGCAGAUGCUUGGCGCAUUUUGGCCCACGGCGAACAGUCGCCAGUCACUACCAAGAAUAUUAGCAAGGACCUCAACCAGCUCGCGCAGGUUGCCCUGGCCCCGAUACUCAUCGACACCGUCAAUAUGACAGCCACCGCCAAGAUUCGCCCCAAAGACUCUCGCGCAGCAAAACUACUGGAAGAAGAGCUCAUGCACGGCCCCAACUUUGACCAGACGGCAUACUUUGACAUCAUCACAGCCGCCAAGGAAGACCUGUCCCAGCUCAGCCUGCGUGACAUUCUCCGCAAGGACUACAAAGAGUGGGAGAAUGGCGGAAUCAAGCUCGGCAUUAGUUGUGUUGUGCAAAAUUUCGACUUUUUCCUCGAAAAGGCGGCCUCCACGAGCAAAGAAAGCGGCGAAGAUGUGAUGCUGCGGGCGCUGCACUCGUGGGCGCAGGAGCAAAAGCUCGACAUCGCGUCCAUCAUGACCACGUCUAAUCCGGGCGGCGAGUUUCAGCGACACCUGCUCGUAUGGGGUCUUACUGGUGGCGGUAAGAAGGCGGUCAAGAAGUUUAGAGAGGAUACCACGGAGAAGCUGAAGCUGGAGUUGUGGAACGAUGGCAUUUUGGACGAGCCAGGAUCCAGGCAUGCAUGGAGACAGCUUGCACUGGAUUCGAGCAGAAAGCAAGUGGCGCCGAUGUUGCGCGAUGCCAUGAAAUGGGCCAGUGCUAACUUGUAG